AGAGGUUUGUACGUGAUGUCCGUGAAUGCAUCACAGGUCGGAUUAAUGUGGUGCAUUCUGAUUGGCUCUCCGGCAGGAAGUGAGGCAGCGGUGGAUGAACUGGUCCAGUCGGUGCGGAGCAGGAGGUUCCGGAUGGGAAACGCAGCUGCUCGGUUCGUAGCGGCGUGUCUGCUGUGCGCCGCGGGCGCGGAGGACGGGGGAGGAUGGUCCCAGCCUGCAGACCCCAGCCUGCAGGAGGAAGGAGUCUGCACCAUCGAUGUUCUGGACGCAUCAGAACUGACCCACCAGCAGUUCAUUGACAGAUACGCGUUCAGCAGACCCGUGGUCCUCAGAGGUCUCACCGACAACACGAACUUCCAGCUGCUCUGCUCCAAGUCCAGCCUGCUGGAGAAGUUCGGCUCCCUGAAGGUCCGGCUGAGUACCGCCAACACGCACUCGUACAGGAAAGUGGACGUUCUCUUCCAGCAGUACGUGGACGAGCUGCUGAGGCCUCAGGCCCGGGACGCCCUGGGCAGCGAGACGCUGUACUUCUUUGGAGACAACAACUUCACCGAGUGGCAGAACCUGUUCGAUCGGUACCGGCCUCCGCCGUACGUCCUGCCGGACACGACCGGCGCCUACAGCUUCGGGAUCGCAGGUCCUGGAACCGGAGUCCCGUUUCACUGGCAUGGUCCGGGGUACUCAGAGGUCAUCUAUGGAAGGAAGCGGUGGUUCCUCUACCCACCGGGUAAGGAACCUCAUUUCCACCCUAACCGCACCACCCUGUCCUGGCUGAGGGAAACCUACCCCUACCUGCCGGAGGAGGAGGCUCCGCUGGAGUGCACCAUCCGGCCCGGAGAGGUUCUGUUUUUUCCGGACCGCUGGUGGCAUGCAACCCUCAACCUGGACACCAGCGUCUUCAUCUCCACCUUCCUGGGCUGAGCUUCAUCUACAGGAGAUUUUUAAGGCAUCUCAGUUCUGCCUGCAGGCUGACAGGAAGGAAAACCCGAAGCAAAUCGGGUUUAGGAUCCACUUUUCUCAGGGGACCCAUUUCUGUUCUUUAUUUUAUAUUUAGGUUUGUGUUUCCUGGAGGAUUGAUGCUCCGUCUUAAAGCUUUGGACCAAAUGGAACUGAGAAAAAAGCUGUUGGAGGAAUUAUUAUUAAUAAUUAUGGGAUACUGUUACAGACACUUGAGCAGCUUUAAUCUAGUAUUAUUUAAACACUUUUUUUAAAGAGUGUAAUCUGUAUUUUUUUUCUCCAGAUAUAUGAAAUAAGGAAGGCCAAUGGCCAAUAUUUCAGCAGCUGAUCAACAUUCAACGAUCUUUCACGGGUUAUAAUCAUCAGUUAAAAUCAUAUUUAAUAAAUAAAUGGCAUUCCACUUA